CAGGCAUCAGCAUGACUUAUUCAGCGAGCUGUAAUCCUACGCUAAAUUUUGAUCCAGUAAGUCAAAGUAUUUCAUUCAAUCGUGAUCCGAAUCCAGUUGUGGGCCAUGAUGUUGAUAUUCCAUGGUACUGGUGGCUUGGUGGAUUAAUCGUAGAGACAGUCGUUAACAUAGUUUGCAAAGUUAUAUCAGAUGAUCUUAUUGAUUCUCUCUCUGGCCAUCUUACUGGGCAUAUUGCAGCAAAAAUUCAACCUUGUAUUAUUUGGAAUGGUGUGAAUUCGAAACAAGUCAACAAUGUUUCGCUUGAUGAAAGUUUUGUGAUACGUG